AUGGCCGCCGCCGCCGCUACUGACCGGAGUUCGAUGGACAUCGAUAGCAAUGAUCCUCGUUUGUCCUCACCGUCGUCCGUAACUAAUGGAGUCAAUGGGACCCAGAACGAAAGGAGCCCUACCCCGCCUCCUCAUACCUCUAGCGGCAACACCGCCGAGGCCGAUUCCUUCAAACUAGCCGGAAAUAAAUUCUUUAAAGAUGGGAACUACAACCGAGCCAUCGAAGAGUUCAACAAGGCUAUUGAAAUCAACCCGAAUUCAUCCGUCUACCUAUCCAACCGAGCGGCAGCGCAUAUGGCCGCUCAUCAAUACCUGAAUGCUAUAGAAGAUGUCGAGCGAGCGCUCGAACUCGAUCCGUCCAACACUAAGAUUAUGUAUCGUCUAGCCCGCAUCCUCACGAGCUUGGGCCGCCCGUCGGAAGCCCUAGAGGUCCUUUCUCGGAUUGAUCCUCCUGCCUCGGCGACCGACCGUGCUCCUGCCGAGAAGAUGCAGCGUUUCGUCGCCCAGGCGGAGGAGACCCUGUCGCUGGAUCGCGGAGUGUCGAUGGUUAUUUUCUGCCUCGACCAGGCCCGACAGCUCUUGGGUCGCGGGGUCAAGGAACCCCGCAAAUGGACUCUGAUGACUGCAGAGGCUCAGCUGAAGAUCGGAACGGAGAACUCGCUGGGGAAAGCCCAGGAUAUCGCUAUUGGCAUGCUCCGGGAUAACAGCCAGGACCCCGAUGCGCUGAUGAUCCGCGCCCGUGCGUUUUAUUGUCUGGGUGAGACCGAUCAGGCCGUGAAGUUGCUGAAGAUGUGUUUGGGCCUGGAUCCUGACAUGAAGCCGGCAGUCAAGCUGCUUCGCACGCUGCAGAAGCUGGUGCGCACCAAGGAAGAAGGCAACGCGGCGUUCAAGGCCAAGGACUACCGCAAGGCGAUUGAACGAUACGCAGAAGCCGUGGGGGUGGAUCCGGCCAACAAGGACAUGAACGCGAAGAUCCUACAAAACCGGGCACAGGCGUAUAUUAAUCUGAAGGAGUAUGAUAAUGCGAUCAACGACUGCAACGAGGCCCUGCGCCUGGACCCGUCGUACGUCAAAGCGCAGAAGAUGCGUGCCAAGGCCUACGGUGGAUCCGGCAAUUGGGAAGAAGCCGUGCGCGACUACAAAGCCGUGGCGGAAUCCAAUCCCGCCGAAAAGGGCAUCCAGGAGGAUAUUCGCCGGGCCGAGUUUGAGCUCAAGAAAGCGCAACGAAAGGACUUCUAUAAAAUUCUCGGGGUGGAGAAGGACGCCUCGGAACACGAGAUCAAGAAAGCCUAUCGCAAGAUGGCCAUCCAGCACCACCCGGACAAGAACCGGGACGGCGAAGCUGGCGACGAGAAAUUCAAGGAAAUCGGGGAGGCAUAUGAAACGUUGAUUGAUCCUCAGAAACGUGCUGCCUACGACAACGGGGACGAUCUCAUGGAUCCCGCCGACAUGUUCUCCCGCGGCGGCUUCAGCGGCAUGGGCGGUAUGGGCGGUAUGGGCGGCAUGGGUGGUAUGGGCGGCAUGGGUGGUAUGGGAGGCAUGGGCGGCACCCAUAUCAACAUCGACCCCAGCGUCCUGUUCAACAUGAUGAAUGGAGGUGGAGGCGGCGGAUUUGCUCAAGCCGGUGGUAGUCCAUUUGGUGGGCAAUCUCGCGGCGGAUUCCCCGGAGGAUUUCCGUUCUAA